AAUUAAUAAGAAACUUUUUAUCAUUAUUCCUCUCGAUCGCUUUCAUCGGACUGAUGAUAAAGCAGCAGUGGGUCCCCAGUGGCCCUGAUGAACAUCCGGGUUUCCCGCUGGCACCGCUGCUGUGGCUCUCAGGAGCCAUUUUGGACGCCGUUCAGGUUUUCUCAUAUCAAUCCCUCCUUCCACCUCCAACUGGCCCGACAGAGGGGGAGAAACACGCUCCAGGACACACACAGGGGGACUUCGCUUCUUCUCCAAGCGCCCAAACUCUCGCUCUCACCGCUGCCGCCUGGUCAGAAUGAAAAGCUGGAUGUUUGCGGCAUCAGGGACUUUGUUUCCGAUCCUUGCGCUUCUGAGGGAAACACCGUGUUGUUGUGAAGAGCUCGUGUUGUUAUUGUAGCGGGUGAAGAAUAGCGCGCAGGCCUUCGCCUUCAUCUGCUUCAUUUCAUUCUUAAAUGCUUUCGCGGAAUAAAAGACACCGUUUAUCGCCAGGAUCCUCGAAGGAAGAAUAUGAUUGUUACCUGGCUGACUUUUGCACUCGUCUGGUGCACAGGAGGCAGUCAGGCGGAGGUGGAGACUAGAGAGUGCGUCUACUACAAUGAUAACUGGAGGACGGAGAAAACCAAUCAGAGCGGUUUUGAGAGGUGUGAAGGGGAGAAAGACAAGAGGCUGCACUGUUACGCCUCCUGGUUGAACUCCACUGGAACCAUCCGUCUGGUCAAAAAAGGCUGCUGGCUCGACGACUUCAACUGUUACGACAGACAGGAGUGUGUGGCCACGGAGGAGAGUCCGCAGGUGUUCUUCUGCUGCUGUGAAGGAAACUAUUGUAAUGAGAAGUUCACACACCUGCCAGAAGCCAUCACUCCUGCAGUAAAGAUCCAGCCUCCUCAGCCCGGGCCGUCUCUGUGGGGUGUGCUGGUUUACUCUCUUCUUCCUUUGGCCAUUCUCUCUCUGGCCCUGGUGCUCGCCUGCUGGACGUACCACCAACGAAAACCACUCUACAGACACGUCGACAUCGGCCAGGAGGCUGGUCUUCCUCCCCCGUCUCCUCUGGUUGGCCUGAAGCCACUUCAGUUGCUGGAGUUGAAGGCCCGAGGGCGUUUUGGCUGUGUCUGGAAGGCCCAGUUACUGAGUGAAUAUGUGGCGGUGAAAAUAUUCCCCAUCCAGGACAAGCAGUCGUGGCAAAAUGAAAGAGACAUUUACCUCACCGAGGGUUUUAAACACGAGAAUAUUCUUCACUACAUCUCAGCAGAAAAACGCGGCACAAACCUUCAGAUGGAGUUGUGGCUGGUCACAGAAUUCCAUGAACGGGGUUCACUAGCAGAUUACCUGAAGGGAAACCCGGUGAGCUGGCCUCAGUUGUGCCAUAUUUCUGCAAGUAUGUCCCGUGGCCUGGCGUACCUUCAUGAAGACCUUCCUUACCGAGCAGAGGGACCCAAACCCGCCAUCGCACACAGAGACUUCAAGAGUAAGAAUAUCCUGCUCAAGACUGAUUUGACCGCAGUGAUUGCAGACUUUGGGCUGGCUGUCUGCUUCGAGCCUGGGAAACCGCCUGGAGACACACACGGCCAGGUGGGAACUUGGCGUUACAUGGCUCCAGAGGUGCUGGAGGGAGCCAUUAAUUUCCAAAGGGAUGCUUUCCUAAGGAUCGACAUGUACGCUCUAGGACUGGUGCUGUGGGAGCUGGUGUCUCGCUGCACCGCCUCUGAUGGUCCUGUAGGCGAGUAUCAGCUGCCCUUUGAGGAGGAGGUGGGCCAACAUCCUUCACUGGAAGACCUUCAAGAUGUGGUGGUCCACAAGAAGAUGCGGCCGGUCUUUAGAGACUGUUGGAUCAAACAUCCGGGUUUGGGCCAGUUGUGCGAGACCAUCGAGGAGUGCUGGGACCACGACGCAGAGGCGCGACUGUCAGCAGGGUGCGUGGAGGAGCGCAUCUCCAGCUUCUCCAAGACCUCCAACACCAUCAACACGUCUACCUCGGAGUGCCUGGUCUCCAUGAUGAUGACGUCCCACAGCGACAUGGACCUUCCUCCCACCUGAACGCUCCUCUCCAAACAUCAGGGACUGCCGACCACUGCGUUCAUCAUCCAGUAAAUGUGAACUUUGCUGCUAAUUUGAUCUCUGGAUCGUCAUGUAUUUAAUUUCUUGGAUGGCUUUCACCAGCACAUUCAUCUACUGUACUCUUCCGAGAGGAAGGCAUACACAGAAAAACCUCAACCGUGAGAAGCCUGAACUCUCAGAGGGUGUUCAGGGGAUCUUUCAGACUGCUGGGAAAUGAGCACACGUUACCUCAUCGGAUUUAAUGCCAUUUUUAUGUUGUUGUUUUGCCUUCACUCCAUGAAUACCUCCAUCUGAACCCUCAAAGCUACGAAACGAUCUGAUGACUGUUACACAACCUUCCAAGAGCACACAAGGCCCUUUUUGUACUCAGUGAUUUUUAGUCUAGUUUUACUGUACCCUUUCUUCCUCAAAAUGUCUCGUGGGAUGUUGUUAUUUGUCGUGUUUUUCCGGGAGUUGUCUGGGACACUGGAAGCUGAAGGCAGCGGGACUGUUAUGAUUCGAGUUGCCUUUUGCAGCAUCGGGAUUGGUUUUAAUGUAGCAUCCGCUUGUGUUGAAGUAUUUAAAGUCAGACGUGCCAUCAGUUCAGCGUUCGUGGUUUCCGAGUGACGAGUCGCAGUCGAAGUGUUAGUGAAGAGCAGCGCUGCGUCACAGGUUUGAUUUCAGUCACGAGUCAAUGUUUCGGUGCAUCAGGAAAGCGCGUCAUGUUUAUCCGCUACACUACUCAGGUAAACUCUGUGCAUGUGAUUGUGUGACCGCUCACUCUUACAGCAAUAGUUCUCAACAGUAAGGUGAAUCUCACCGGGAAAAAUCUGGGUCAUGAGUCAUCUGAAAAUCAAAAAUACAGAGUUAAACAUUCAUGAAAAUGUAGUGUGUUUUCAGGGCCAGAAUUUUUUGCCCAUCUUUAUAGAUUAUCAUUAGCAUAAUUCAAAACCAGUACUUUAAUAAAGAUACCACAAAUACGUUUUUAUUUUACUUCAGUUGUUCCUAUUAUGCUCUUUUAAAAGGUCUCGAUUUUGUUUUGGGGGUGUACUAGAACAGUCUCACAUACUAGAUUGUUCAAAAAACACAUUAUUUUUCACAUAUUUUACAUAAUAGCUCUCUAUCUAGUCUGGCAUGUACAGCUGGAAUAGUUCCUGUAUCAAAUGAAGGCCCGCCUUCUGAAAUAAGAAAUGUGUUGUGAUUGGUUAGCUGGGCCAGUGUGUGUUGUGAUUGACAGCACUCGGCGCCUGGUCGGGAAAUGUAGUAUUUUGUUUUCUUACAUGGCACAAUAUAAAACAUCAUAUAGUGGUCCUAAAAUAGUUUUAAUUUUCUUUUAAAUGUUGAUUUUAGAUACACUUGUGUUUAACAAUUUACAUAUAUUUUUCUUGCAUCAAAGUAAACUCAAAAAAAAAAAUUCUCCUCCAAAAUUUAUCAUUACUGUAACUGAAAAAUACAGAUUUUUUUAAAAAUGUUUAUGGUAAAUACAACAAAAUGUAACCAAAAAUAUACUUUUUUCAUCACAGUAAUAAUAAUUCAGGAGUAUUUUUUGCUUUUUAGAAUAAUGGGAAAAAAGUUGCUGGAAUAUCAUGAAAAAAGCACAAUAUUAGAAACUUGUCCUAAAAUAGGCUUUGUUGUUUUUCUGCAUCAUUAGAUUUGAGAAUUGUGAUUUAUUUUUAUUUUUUAGGAUGUACUAUGACCCGGAUGUUUCUCGGUUUUCAUCUCCAUACUGGCGAUAUCUCGUCUGUUUCCUGCAAUAACGUCAGCAUGGAAGACUAACUGUCUGUAGUGCUGUACUCAGUCAUCUCAUGGACUCCAGUGUUGUUCAGAGACGGGCAGCUUUUAUCAGAAUCACUGGUCAGUGUAACACUAACACCAUCACUGAAUCUCCUCCGUCAGGCUCUCAGUGAUCAGAUAUACCUCAGAUAUGGUGACUUUUUUUUAUAUAUAUAUAUAUAUGAAUAUAUCUAAAGUAUUUUAUUCUGUUUUGUGGUAGCAAUAUGAUUUAAUAUCCAGCUGCUUUUCUGUGAUUUCUGGAGAUUUUCUGCUGUUUUAGUUUUGAACAGAAGGUGCUCUGAAUUUGAUUGCCAGGUGCUCGGUGCGUUUCACAAAGUCUUUAGCUUUGAGUCUAGCAUCCGCAGGUUCAGUGUCUUCUGAGGUUCAGAUGAACUGUUCUCUGAGGACGUGCAAACCUUCCUCACUUCUCUUUGAUUUAGGUUAUGUUUGUUUGUGUGGUACAUUUGUCUUCUUCCCUCGUCUACAUCUUAUCAAUUGAAUUAAGUUGGAAUUUCUCGAUUAUCAAAUCAGGGAUUUGAAAUAUGAUUAAAGUAUUGCAGUGCAAGUUGUGCAAAUUUAGUUGAAGCCAAACUUUGUAUGCUAUCAGGUGUUGAUGUGUGAUGUAUAUAAAUGACGUCUGAUGUAGUUUAGCAUCUUUUAUUUCUCUAUUUCACACAAAUAAACCCUGAAGAAGUGUUCGUACAGAAGGACUACCUGAGGAGAUUUCCCAUGAUCCUUUGCUGGCUCCGUGUCGGCUGGCUUCUCGUGAAGGAUCAGGAAUGAUGGAGGUCUGUUGAUGUGGUUUUAUUUACUGCUGCUAAUGUAGUAAAUGUAUGUUGUGUUACCCCGGUUUGGGAAAUUUCAGAUUCUGCUGCCAUGUUCAGUAUUUUGUUGAAUUAUUAAACAUUACCAGUGUUUAUCACUUA